UUAUGUCCAUUAGACUAUGUAAGUUUCUAUCUGCUCAAGUUAUUGUUUUUUAUAUACUUGUAUCCAUACGUUUUUUUUAAAGUUAGAUUUAGGUCCGUGGACCAUUUUUUAUUUAUUCAAGCAUAUGUACAGCAAAAGGCCGAAUGCCAAAAAAAUCCAAACGGAAAAUAAAGAGAGCUGAAAUUUCUGAGCAUCCAGUAUAACAGAAGCUCAAUAUGAUUAAUCUCAAGCAGGACAAAUAUGUAAGGUUUGAGGACCGGAAGUCAGAACAAUCAUCAUUUAGCAUUGACGGUCAAAAUUCUCAGGAUAAUAGGCAUUUUCAUGUCAGAAAACCGUCGUUUAGCUCGUUAAUGAGCAGCUUCAAAAGAAGGCUAGAGAGGGGUUCUGAAAGAAUUAGUAGCUUGAGAAAAUCAAUUCGAGUCUAUCCUAUAACUGAUAAGCCAACAAAAGAUCAAUCUGUCGCAUCAAAGAUGAAAGUUCUUGAUCCUCAGGGGAGAUUUCUUCAGCAAUGGAACAAAGUAUUUGUACUAGUUUGUGUAAUUGCGGUGUCAUUGGAUCCGUUGUUCUUCUAUAUUCCUGUCAUUGACAAUGAAAAUAAGUGUCUCGAUUUGGACAAGACGUUAAAGAUCACUGCUUGUGUUCUGCGUUCUAUCACUGAUCUUUUCUAUAUUAAUCACAUUAUCUUGCAAUUUCAUACUGGCUUCAUUGCUCCCACUUCUCGAGUUUUUGGAAGGGGUGAGUUGAUUGAAGAUUCUGCUGCUAUAGCCAAGCGAUAUUUGUUAUCUUAUUUCACUGUUGACGUUGUAGCAGUCCUUCCACUCCCACAGAUUGUGAUACUGCUUAUCACUCCCAACGUGAAAGGCCCAAUUGCUCUGGCAACAAAAGAAAUGUUGAAAAUUGUCAUAUUUGUUCAAUAUGUUCCAAGAAUUUUUAGAAUUUAUCCCUUGUACAAAGAAGUAACAAGGACUUCGGGCUUAUUUACGGAAAGUGCAUGGGGUGGAGCUGUUUUCAACCUUUCCCUCUACAUGCUAGCUAGUAACGUAGUUGGGGCCUUUUGGUAUUUGUUCUCAGUAGAACGCCAAGAUACAUGCUGGCGCAGUGCGUGUGACAAGAUUCCUGACUGUUCUUCAGACUACUUAUAUUGUGGAGCGAAAAUGAAUGGAAAUGCGUCCUUACUGAACUCCUCUUGCCCUUUCCUGCAACAAGAAGAUAUAAAGGAUGCAAAUGACUUUGAUUUUGGAAUCGCUCUUGAUGCUCUUCAGUUCCGGGUUGUGGAAAAAAGAAAAUUAUGGACCAAACUCUUCUAUUGCUUUUGGUGGGGGCUGAGAAACUUAAGUUCUCUUGGCCAAAACCUCAAGACAAGCACCUUUGUAGGAGAGAUUCUCUUCGCCAUCUUCAUCUCCAUUAUUGGGCUUAUCUUGUUUUCUUUGCUUAUUGGCAAUAUGCAGAAAUAUUUGCAGUCUAUCGCGGUUAGAGUAGAAGAGAUGAGAGUAAGAAGGCGGGAUGCAGAACAGUGGAUGUCUCAUCGCAUGCUUCCCGACAACCUGAGAGAGCGAAUUAGAAGACACGAACAGUACAAAUGGCAAGAAACCAGGGGAGUUGAGGAGGAUUUACUGAUUCAUAAUCUUCCUAGAGACUUGAGGAGAGAUUUAAAGCGCCAUCUCUGUUGGUCUUUGCUUAAAAGAGUUCCCAUAUUUGAGAAAAUGGACGAACAAUUACUGGACGGAUUGUGUGAUAGACUGAAGCCAGCACUCUUCACAGAGAAGAGCUUCAUAAUCCGAGAAGGCGAUCCAGUAGAAGAAAUGCUCUUUUUAAUGAGAGGUACACUGCUAACUAUGACCACAAAUGGUGGAAGGACCGGUUUUUUCAACUCUGUUCAUCUCAAUGCCGGUGGCUUCUGCGGAGAUGAGCUCCUUACAUGGGCUUUAGACCCUCAUCCUUCCUCCACUAGUCUUCCCAUUUCAACUAGAACAGUGCAGGCUGUAACUGAUAUUGAAGCUUUUGCCCUCACUGGUGAUGACCUCAAGUUUGUCGCCUCGCAGUUUAGACGUCUACAUAGCAAGCAGCUCAAGCAUACUUUCAAGUACUGCUCACAGCAGUGGAGGACGUGGGCUGCAGGCUUCAUACAAGUUGCAUGGCGUCGACACUGCAGGAACAAGCUUGAGAGAUCUUUAAGAGAGGAAGAAGAUAGACUGCAGGCUGAAUUAGCAAAAGAGAGCACAAAUGCACCAAGUCUUGGAGCUAUCAUUUAUGCAUCAAGGUUUGCUGCUAAUGCACUGCGUGCCUUGCGACAUAACCACACAGCUGAUGCCAAAUUGUCUCCCACGUUACCUCUGCUGCUUCAUAAACCAGCUGAACCAGAUUUUAGCGUGGAAAAUGAUUCAUGAGGGGAAGCCAAUUAGCCAGAAAUGUUGGCAAACGUUCGUAUAGGUGGAGUUACAUAUUCUUUAUAUUUUGCAAAACAACUCCUCGAGUAGUUAUAUGUUGUAUCUUGAUUCUUUAGGAUUGUAUAUAGCAGUUUUGUUUAUGUCUGUUUUUAUUGAGUUCUGACUAGUUUAGCAACUCAAACUUUUGAGUUUUGAGCCAGUUUUUAGGGGAGUAAGGAAAUAAACCAAAAGUUACAAUGAAAGAAUGAAGCACUUGGAGAUGGUCUAAGGUUGGUUGCCUGAAUUAACCAUGACAAUUGGCAAGUCAGGUUACCAACCCUUGUAUUCUGUUUUUGAUUAAUUCUUUUAAUUUUUUGUUGUCCCGAAAUACAUCGUUUUGUAUUGUUUUCUGUAUAACGUAUUUCUUGUUUGGUCUGUAUGUAACUAUUA